AUGGCAUCUAUUAAACCAAAUAAUCCCAAGGCAAAACCCGAAAACGGUCCAAAGCAAAAAAUAAACCCAAGAAAAUAUAAUAAAAUCCCUUGGCUUCCACAAAAUUUGGACCCAGAAGACCAGCAGCUCUUUCAGGAUUAUCAAGAUCUCAUCAAAAAAAUGUUCCAAAUUAGCCUGAGUGGAUCUGAGCAGGAGCUACUAAAAAAGAACUGUUUGCAUAAAGAAAUCCAAAAAUCAAAGAAUAAGCAAGCCACUGCUGACGACCCUGAAAAAAUUGUUGCCUUAUGAUCGGCAAUUCAAGCUCUGGUACAUCGGGCUGUAGCUAUAGAGAAAAAAAGCCAAAGCGCCAAAAAACUCAAAAACCCUAUGCAUGUCAGGAUCAGAUCAGGCCUAAUCAGCUGCAUCCAAAUUAUUUGUAAGAAACAUGGGAAAAUUCUUUUCGAAUUUAUCAGUGCAGCUUUACCUUCUGAUGUGAGGGGAAAUGUGCAUGAAAGCGUUUCUGCACAAACACCGUUGAUCUAUAUGAUGCUAAAUGACUCGAGUAAUGAAAUUCGUGCAUCAGCAGCUUCGUCUCUUGCCUCACUUAUAGAGGAGUUUCCUGAAAUCGAGACUAUGGAAUCUUUGGAUAUUACCGGCAGAGUUUUAAAUUCAAAGUUCCAUGAACUUGUAGGGAUUAUGGACAAUUUGCAUGAAAUCAUCAAUUUUAUGCUUACUCUUCAGCAAGAAUAAACGAGAUAAGUGAAAAUUAUUUUUUUAAGAAAUUAAUAGAAAAUUUUUUAUUUUUUAUAAAAUAAUUUUAAUAAUAAACCUUUAAUAAUCAAGUUAAAAAUUUUGUUUUUAUUCAAGAGAACUAGGUCCCAAUUAGCUCCUGAAGUGCUGAUUGCUGUAUUAAAAACCACAGCUGCAUUGAUUUCAAAAACCCGUUACCAGGCAUUUUCCCCAUCCCAUUUAUUGAAAAUCACUGAAUCAAUUAUGAUUCAUCUGGGCGCUUUCAUUCCAGACAUCAGAUUUGGAGUCGUGAAAUGCCUUAUUGCAGCUUUCAAAGAAAGGAUUGAAAAAAUAAAGCACAUUUUGACUUAUGAUUUUGUCUAUCAUGUUCUUGGCAGCCAAGAUUUUAUCGAAGAAAGACUUGAGCUCUUCGAAAGAUUAAUAAAAAAUUACCCAGAAGAGAUGGACGCAUUCAAGGACUGAAUUCAAGAAAAAUUAAGCAGCAUUAUGCUUUCUGAAAACUUAUCCCUUCAAAAAAAGGCUUAUGAAAUUACUGACGAGUACAUCCGUGUCAAACCUAAUUGCUGUGCUAUUGAUACAGCCAUAAAAACAGCAUUAAUUUUGAUUAAAAAACAGCCUAUCGAUACUUUGACUCCUUGCCUCAGCACUCUUGCAGUGAUCCCAGACAUAGCAGUACUUAACCCUCAACAAGUCCAAGACCUGAUUUAUUUUCUAGAAAAUUUCGAUUUUUCUGGAAAUUCUCCAUCACUAUUAAAAAGCAUUGUCAUGAAAUUAUUUGGGACUUUAGCUAAAGCUCAGCUUGUCCCUGAAGAUUUUUUUGACUUAGGGAUCAGCAUUAUUUCUGCCCACCGAGAUACAAGCAACUUAAGUGUCGCCAUUAACGCAUCUCUAGCCCUUUCUUAUUUCUGCUUGAAUCCGAUCAGUUUAAGCAGAAUUGAGACAAUUGUGGAUAUUAUUAAAGACAGCAGCGAAAAUCGAAGAGAAAAAGUGGUUUCGAACGCAAUUGUUUCCAUCUCUAAUCUCUUUGAAAUGUUUAAUUACCACCAAAUCCAACAGUAUUUUGAUGAGCUUUUUGAAAUUUGUGUAAAAGGCCUUUCACAUAAAACUGCCAAAGUAGGCUGGGACUCAUGCAAAGCAUUUUUCGCGUUUUUUGAAAAUGAAAGCAUGCCCCAUUAUGAGAUUGCGGAUAGGCUGAUACCAAAUCUGAUCCAAGCGAUUAAAAUGCAAAAUAAUUUUAAAACCAAAAUCAACUCAUGCCAAAUUUUAAGAAAAUUCAGGUCACAGCUGCUUGGGUAUUCAGCUGAGCUUUUACAGUCCUUGGUUUGGUGCUUAGAAAUUGAUGGGAGAUCAAAGCAUUCAGACUCAAAAACUCUUCAGUACCAGUUUGAAUUUAAGCAGGAAUCAAUUUUGUGCAUUGCGCACGUUGUAGAAAUUAAUACUGAGUUAUCAGAAGAAUUAAUUGACUUUUUCAGUGAAAAUUGCUUACAUGUUUAUCAUUGGUUAAGAGCUUUUACCAUUGAUUAUGUGCAUGAAAAUAACUCAAAAGAUCCCAGUGAGCUAGAAAAUGACGAAAAUAUUGAAAUUAUUAGAAAAUGCUGCAGAAAAUUAAUCAUGUGGGUGCAGGAUGAAGCGAGAAUUGGAGUAUCGUUUGGGUUGUUAGAAAAAUUGGAAGGUCUGUCUCGGAUUGAUGAGAGGAAGAUAAGGAAAUACAUGGGACAUGAAGCAGAAAGUGAUCUGAUAAUUCCGCUGAAAAAUGUCUUAAUCGAUAAUUUUAGCAGUUUAUAA